UCGUGGUACCGUGAACACCGAUCCUGUUCCUAGCGAGAGUAUCGUGAACGUAAACACGCCGGGGAUCCUCGAUGUCGAUAGUGCAAAACAUUCUUGAAAGGAUAACAAGGACAACGACCUUCUAGAGAUGAGCUGCAAUUGUCCAUUAACCCCGUCGACUGGUCCAACUUUAGCGUCAACAUGUGGCGGUCCAUCUUUCAUGCUCUUUAUGGGUCUUCUAGAAGUAUUUCUUCGCAGCCAAUGCGACCUUGAGGACCCAUGUAACAGACCUCAGCCACCUCCCACUGUGAACUCCAGGUACGAUUUCGUAGUGAUUGGAGGAGGAAGCGCCGGGGCGACAGCAGCAGCAAGAUUAUCAGAGGAACCAAGGUUUUCAGUGUUAUUGUUGGAAGCUGGAUUAGAUGAACCGACCGGAACUCAAAUACCCUCGUUUUUCUUCAAUUUCAUUGGAACUGACAUCGACUGGCAAUAUAACACAGAAAGCGAGGAAGGGGCGUGUUUGAACAAGGACGAUAGAAAAUGCUACUGGCCCAGAGGAAAGGUACUGGGUGGAACAAGCGUUAUGAAUGGAAUGAUGUAUAUGAGAGGCUCACGAAAGGAUUACGAUGACUGGGCCAGGCUUGGCAAUAUAGGAUGGUCUUAUCAAGAUGUCCUUCCAUAUUUCAUCAGGAGCGAAGACAAUCUUCAAGCAAACACCAUGGAUUAUGGUUAUCAUGGUGUUGGUGGACCGCUCACAGUCACUCAAUUCCCCUAUCAUCCACCUUUAAGUUACGCUAUCCUUGAGGCUGGAAAAGAACUCGGUUAUAGUCCCGUAGAUCUGAAUGGAAGGACGCACACAGGGUUCGCCAUAGCUCAAACAACUUCGAGAAAUGGCUCGCGGCUUUCAACUGCUCGAGCAUUUUUACGACCAGCCAGGAAUCGUCGGAAUCUGCAUGUGAUGCUGAAUUCUACAGCCACGAGGAUCCUUUUCGAUAACAAUAAAAGAGCAGUCGGUGUAGAAUUUGUUCAUGAUGGAAAGAUUCAUCGUGUUUCGGUAGCCAAGGAGGUGGUCGUAAGCGGAGGCGCUGUAAAUUCACCACAGAUACUUCUGAAUAGCGGUAUCGGACCACGGGAAGAAUUGAGUGCCGUUGGUGUCCCUGUUGUGCACGAUCUACCAGGUGUCGGUAAAAAUCUUCACAAUCAUGUCGCCUACACGUUGGCCUUCACCAUCAAUGAUACAGACACGACUCCCCUCAACUGGGCUACUGCCAUGGAAUAUCUUUUGUUCCGAGAUGGUUUGAUGUCUGGCACAGGUAUUUCCGAGGUAACUGCAAUGGUAAACACGAAGUACGCGAAUCCUCAAGAGGAUCAUCCAGAUGUGCAACUGAUCUUCGGCGGUUACCUGGCAGACUGUGCAGAAACCGGUAUGGUCGGUGAAAUGAAAGGAGCAAAUCGCACGAUUUAUAUCAUUCCAACGUAUUUGCACCCGAAGAGCCGUGGUUAUCUUCGUCUGCGAAAUAACGAUCCUCUGUCGAAGCCGAUGAUUUACCCGAAGUAUCUGAGCCACCCUGAUGACGUGGCCGGCCUCGUUGAAGCUAUUAAAUUUGGUAUCAAGUUGUCUCAGACCCAGGCUCUCAGUAGGUACGGUUUCCAAUUGGAUCGUACACCAGUGAAGAACUGCGAGCACCUCAAAUUCGGAUGUGACGCUUACUGGGAAUGUGCCGCGAAACACGACACGGCACCAGAAAAUCACCAAGCUGGUUCUUGCAAAAUGGGUCCACCAGACGAUCCUCUGGCUGUCGUGGAUAAUCAAUUAAGAGUCAGAGGUGUGAGAGGUGUAAGAGUGGCGGAUACUAGUAUCAUGCCAAGGGUGGUUUCCGGUAACACUAAUGCACCUGCUAUUAUGAUCGGCGAACGAGUCGCUGACUUCAUAAAAAGGACCUGGAUUGGCUGACAAAAAUCCUUACGUUAAGAAGAGUAUCCUUUGAAAUCAAAAAUCUUCACUGAAAAAUAUUUUUAAUUGACCACCGCCGAACGUCGUAUCAAAAAAAUUGGUAUUUUGAAAAUUGUUGAAUAAUGAAAAUUUGUGAAUUUACGAAAUGAGGUUAAGAAUGUUUUUCCUCAUUAUUUGAAGAAAUAAUUGAAAUUGAUGACUAAAUUAUUUAUUAGGCAAAAUAAGUAAUUUGCUUAAUAUGAAAUGAAGUGAAAAGUAUGUUCCUUUGUAUUACGAGAAGAAUUACAAAUUGUAAUGAUAAAGUAGUUGUAAAUGUUGAAUGUUUUUUAAUGAGUUAAACAUUUUUAAUUUCUUGAAUUUAAAUACUUCGAUGUGGUGGAUUUAAUUAGAAAUUUCUUUCAGUGUUUCAAUGAAAAAGGCUAAGGUAGCGCUGUGCGCAUUCGAUCAUCGUAGAAAAUAAAAAAUUAAAAUAAUUCCUAUGGAAUACGAAUCGAAUACAAAUUCUUAAAGCUUUUCUGUAACAUACAAAAAUUGAAUUUUGCACGGUGAAUUUGAAAAAUUUUUAAUCGUUUUUCGUUGUAAAGGCAGCUACCUCGGUUUUAAGCCCAUUUUAUUUAGAAAAAAAUAUUGAGAGCUAUUGUAAAUAGUUCGAUAGUAUUAAAUACAAAUAUUUUAAUAGAUACAUGUAAUUUGCUGAGAAAGAUUAUCAAAAAUUGUCAAUGAAGUGAAGAAUACAAUAAUAAUACGAAAAAAUUUUUUUAAAAAUGUCUUUUGACAAAAUUUAUAAAAUGAUGCAUA